GCGACUGUCAUCAACACAGUCACGAUCUUCAUGUCGACAGAAUUUCAACGCAAACAAGUAAUACUUCCUGUCUGCAAGUCGUCGUGUAAGAAAUCUGAAUGGUACAUGCCCUUGACGAGAAUCGGAACGAAUUUAGUGUUUGUAGAUGCAAGCUGCACGUAUAAUAGGCAGGACGACAACAAGAGCCCUGUGUUGCCACACAGAAUGUGGCAGAAAGCAGCGGUACACAGGAGUACUAUCAUCAUAAUAUUGCCGUGGUGUCCUCUUGAAGAGAAUCAAGAAUCAGAAUGAGAAGGCCUAAUCAUGGAGGAAAGAUGUGAAGAAGGAAAUUCUCAUCAUGAAACGCAGACGUGUGGUAAUCUUUGCCACUGUGAGGAUAAUUAGUUACUUUGACGACAUUCUGGAGGUUGACUGUCGAUAUGAUUGGUUAGUUCAGCGUUGAACACAUUUCGGUCAACAGCGUCCUUUCUUCAAUGGAUUUAUACCAAUUACAGCGAACAAGAGCAUAUUAUUCGUAGGGUUGUUAGGAGUGAUUGAUUAUUCCUCUGCUUUUUAUAGAAGUACCAAUAGGCUUAUUAUUUGAAUCAUAAGCAGAGCAUAGCCGACCAAAGCAAAUAGACACAACAAGAUGUCGCGUCAAAUGGAUCGGCAGAUCACGGUGUUCUCACCGGAGGGAAAGCUGUAUCAGAUCGAAUACGCGCUUAAGAGCAUCCAGAAUGCGGGUAUAUUAGGUGUCUGCCUUCGAGGAGGAGAUGCUGUAUGCAUGGUGGCGCAGAGAAAGGUCCAUAUAACGGUUUUGGGAUUGAUGGUUCCACUGUUUUAGCUGUUUUUCGGAGUUGUAAACUAACAGAUUUACAUUAUCGGAUAAUGAUUUUUUCCUGCUUUCUCAAGAGAUGCCUUGAUGAUAUUAUUUUUGUGAUUCCUCCUACCCUGUCUCUCAGGUUAAACCGUUUCAGAGAACUGAUAUUUUUGUGAUUCCUACCCCGUCUCUCAGGUUUCAGAUGUGAGAAGCUGAUAAUCCAUGACAAAUCAUCCUGCCUCUCAGGUUUCAGAGAAGCUGAUGGAUCCUUCAUACGUGACCAAUAUGUAUGUGAUUACGCCCAAUAUCGGUGCUCUCUGUAUCGGCAGUAACCCGGAUUGUAAGGACGUGAUUCUAGAGGCGCGACAGAUUGCAGGAAAAUUCAAGGACCAGAAUGGCUACGAGAUUCCAGUCCAUUUCCUGGCGGCAAAGAUCGGAAAGAAAGCACAAAUCUUCACUCAAAAUGCGGGCAUGAGGCCUUUGGGCGCAGUCAUCCACCUGUGUGCAGUUGACGACGAAAAGGGACCGCAACUGUACUCCUUCUUGGAAUUAGAUGUUCAACUAAUUGUAAUAUGAAAUACAGAAAUUAUUCGAUCUUACUCUUUAAUUUUUCUUUUCCUGUUCAUAUCUGCGUCUGAUCGGAGUGGGUACAUUCAUUCAUUCCUUCAUUCAUAAUACACAUACCACGACAGCUGGAAGAUCGAUCCCUCCGGUCACUAUUUUGGUUGGAAGGCCUUGGCGACGGGUCCCAAGGACCAAGAGGCCAAUAACAUGCUAGAAAAAGUAGUGAAACAAACCGACGGCAACGGAGAGCGCACCCUGACCAUACGCAAGACCCUGGACGUAUUGAUGCAGACACUGGCUCAAGACGUGAAGCCGACUGACGUAGAAGUUGGCGUCGUCACAGCAGAGGGCGGCUUUCGCAUGCUCUCUGUGCAGGAGAUCGAUGAUCAUCUAACGGCAAUCCAUGAACAAGACUAAAAGUAUAACUACUACAACAAACUACUACAACAUGAUCAUGUGAAGAUGAACAAUUAUAGUACUUUCAAACCUGGGCUGGACGAUGGAGAAUUUCACGACGAUGUCGGGAUGAAGAAGAUUCUCCCAUGGACAAUAAUAGUUUCUCUCUCACUUCUAGAGAAAUACAAGAGAAGAUUCUCCAUCAGUCAGAACCAGAAGUACACUUCCGCUACACUGGAGCAAACCUGGACAUGAGUCCGGCUUCGUUUUGUGUCAACGAUUUUUUGAUUCGUACCUUGUUGUGCAAUGGCAACCCCCGGCUUGCACAUCAGGUCGUUGUUUUACUUACUAUGUUCAUUGUUCUACUAUGUUGUGAUUCUCCAAGGUCACAAUCGUGUAACAGCAUCUCCCCUCGAUCACAGCAUCAACCCUUCCAUAGAAAAGACGGCCACUACCCUCAAUCCCUGUCAAGAAAUUUGACGUACUAUGAAUUUGACAUUUAUUUUUAUGAAUCCACAUA